GUCGGCUGGAUCGAGGAGGAGCGGUCGCCCUUCAAACUUCUUGGGGAUCGGCCCUUUUUCUCGGAGGUCGUCUUCGUGCACAAGCCGUCGUGCGUGCUGCUCGUGACGGACCUCUGGUGGAACUACCCGGCCGACGCGCCGGCGGCGUGGAAAUUUGGUAUGGAUCGCAUCUACCGGCCGGUCUACAACGGCCUCAUGAAGCAGCCGGGCUGGGAGGCGAAGAUCGCGCGGAUAUUCGCAUGGGAGUGGGACUUCCUCGCGCCCUGCCACGGCGAGCCGGUCCAGGGCCCCGACGUGAAGCGGGUCCUCGCGGAGCACCUCGACUACGCCCUGUGA